GCUUUCUUGAAGGAUGAUUACGUGCGAAUCAUCAGUCACCACGUGACGCUUGCGCAAUCAGUGAACGAAAACAUGGCGGCGCUUCGGAUUGCCGUGUCGUCAAGUGCCGGCAGAACUUUUCUCAACCCCAAGAACGUUGUCGGUGUGUCAAAGGUCAACAUGUCCUUUUCCACUCUGUCCAGAGGAAAGAAGGCAGCCCUCUCAACACUUGGGGUGCUGACAGCAGGAGGAGCUGGUCUGGCUCUGGCGCUUCAUCAGUCUAUCAAAGCUUCAGACCUGGAACUGCAUCCCCCAAACUAUCCCUGGACUCACAACGGCUUGGUAUCAUCACUCGACCAUGCCAGUAUUCGCCGAGGGUACCAAGUGUACAAGCAAGUGUGCUCUGCCUGCCACAGUAUGGAGUACCUGGCUUUCCGUAACCUGGUGGGAGUAUCCCACACAGAGCCAGAGGUCAAAGUAUUGGCUGAAGAGAUUGAGGUAGUGGAUGGUCCUGAUGACACCGGAGAGAUGUUCACCCGUCCAGGGAAGCUGUCCGAUUAUUUCCCCAAACCAUACCAAAACCCAGAGGCAGCACGUGCGGCCAAUAAUGGAGCUCUACCCCCUGACCUCAGCUAUAUUGUCAAUGCCAGACAUGGCGGAGAGGACUACGUGUUCUCCCUGCUAACGGGGUACUGUGAACCCCCUGCUGGGGUAGAUGUGAGAGAGGGUCUCUACUACAACCCCUACUUCCCUGGCCAGGCUAUUGGCAUGGCUCCUCCCAUAUACAAUGAAGUGCUAGAGUAUGAUGAUGGCACUCCGGCCACCAUGAGUCAGGUGGCCAAGGACGUGUGCACCUUCCUGCGCUGGGCAGCAGAGCCUGAGCAUGACCAACGCAAGCGCAUGGGACUAAAGCUUUUGAUGGGCUCCGCUAUUCUCAUUCCAUUGGUCUAUUACAUGAAGAGGCACAGGUGGUCUGUGCUGAAGAGUAGGAAGAUUGCUUACAGGCCUCCCAAAUAAACCAUUUUCCACUUGAAACUGAACUUUGAAAAUGACUGAUGCACCCAGGAUGUCAAGUCACUUCACCAACUUUGAUCAUACAGCAUAGAUGCCUUUGGUAUAUUUUUUUUAUUACAGACAUAAAAGUUAUCAGAGGUAAUCAUAUUUUUUUUUCUAUUUAUUGUGCUUUCUUCACCAAGGAGGCUUUUUGCUGUUAAAGGUCGGAUGCAUGGAAGUAAACUGUAUACACACUGUGUAAAUAACUGGCUGUCAUAAUAAAAAUCAUUUUCACUGUU